ACAUGCUGGGCCCCCGGAGGCUGGCUCCAGCUCACCUGGACAACACCCCAGCGUGCAGAAUAACCCGUUGUCUGUCUCCAUCUCUCCCAGCGAUAGCUGGCUGCCUGCAGGGGCCCUGGCACCGACGGCACCCGGCUCCUCAUAUCUCUGCCUGCAGUAGCCCAGAGCAGCUCUGUCGUGGAUGCACCAACUUAUCAGGUAGACAUUGUGCCGCGGUGCAGGCUCUGGCAGCUGUGCUGACCCGGACCCUGCUCUCCUCCCCAGCGCCCGUGCUGACGGGAUGGUUGCUCGCGAGCCGUGCCACGCGGCACUGACCCACGUGCUGGUGGCCCUCUUCGGCAUGGGCUCCCGGGUCCCUGUGACCUCCCUCUGGGUGGAGCUGCCCGUGGUGGUGAAGUCACUUCCAGAAGGCUGGAACCUGCCCGCCUACCUCUCUGUCCUCAUCGCCCUGGGCCCCCUGGCCCUGGCCCUGGGGCCGGCCAUGCCCAAGAGCCCCUCCAAGGACAGCGUGGGCAUGGAGGAGUCCUUCCCGCUUCAGGACGGCACCCCCAGCCCAGCCAGCACCCCCGCGGUACCAGCACCCACCACCCUGGCACCCUCCUUUUGGAGCAGGCGCACCAUCUACCUGCUGGGGCUGUGCAACGUGCUGAGCGACGGCGUGCUGCCCUCGGUGCAGAGCUACUCCUGCCUGCCCUACGGCAGCCUGGCCUACCACCUGGCUGUCGUGCUCAGCAGCAUGGCCAGCUCCGUUGCACACUUCUUCACCAAGUUCAUGCCAUGCAGGUCGGUGGCGGUCUUGAGCGUCAUCUCUUUGCUGGGAUGCUUGCUUGCGGCCUACCCAAUGGUGUUGGCAGCUCUCAGCCCCUGCCCACCGCUGGUAGGGAGCGGCGUGGGGGUUGCCUUGGUGGUGCUGCCGUGGAUCCUGGUGCUAGGCCUCUUCUCCUAUGUGAAGGUGAGGAUCAGCAGCCUGCUGCUCGAGGCAGACGCUCGAAGGGACACCGCGCUGCCCCAGUACAACACCGUCAUCCUCGGCAGCUCUCUGUUGAGUGCCUUCAUCAUGUUGCUCCUCGUCAGCAACCGCCAACUCUUCCACAGCGGGCAGGACUGCAUGGCCAACUGCAUGGUGCAGCCCCCUUCUUACCCCCUAGCAGAUGCUCCAGAGGAAAGCCCCCAGCUCCCUUGGGAGAGGCCUGACCCCCUCCUGCUAGGAGAGCCGGGGGCUGCAGGCCUGGGGCAGGGGACAGUGAAGUGAUUGUCAUGGUUCCCAAAAACAAUUUGUUAAUACUCUGGUCUGUGGCAGAAUACCACCUCGGUCUCUCCUCAAACUCUGCUAUCUGACAGUUAGGUUACCUUGCUCCAAGCAGAGGGCAGACACCUCUGGCCCUGAGUUAUAACCUGAGCUGGAUACUUUCCUGUGGGAGGCAGAAAACCUGCUCCCUCUGUCUAUGCGACUGGCCUCGCACGCCUGGGUGGGGCUUACACUAUUGCUCUAAGUAUAACCCAAGGGUGGGCCUGUCGUCACUUGGAAGGGAUAGAUGAGGCAGGCACCACUGCUGUGACAAGGACACCCGUGAUUUUGUAGCAAGCUCCCCAGUUUUUCUUUUCUUUUUUUUUUUUUUAAAUUUUCAAAUACAUUCCCUCCCUUCCCCAAUUAUUUCUGACUUUUUCUCUCCCUCUCUAUUCCCUAUAGCAAAGUAUGAGUAAGUUAAGACAUAGGUAUAAUAGGUAUGAAUAAGCUAAGCCAUAGCCGUGCCCGGAGCUGUGCGGCCGGCAGCGGCAGUGUGGUGGUGGCCAAGCAGCACGCAGCCGUCCCCACCACCACCCUGCGCCAUGCACGGCUCCACGGCAGCAGCAGAUUUUGUAGGCAAGGGUAGCAGGUCUCUACUGAAUAAUCAGCUCAAUGACCAGACCAUUGCUUUCCAUGGACUCACCCAGGAACCAUGGACCCAGCAUUUGAAAGACAAAGACGCUACAGAAAUCAGCCAAGCCACUAUUGCAACACAGACACCGGAAACUGCAUGUCCACGCCUGGCGUCCACAUGCUCAGUGCACCAGGGCUGACCCUUGCCUGUGAGAAAAUGUAUCACUAAUUGGUCAAGUCAGCAAUAGAGUGCACGAAUGUGGUGUAUGUGACUAACAAAGCAGCAACGGAUGAUAUGAAUACAAGGAAACAGCUAAGAAAGGAAGUGUGGUGUCGGCACCUAGAAGCAAACCACUGACGGCCAGAUGUCUGUGUAAACAUCCUCGGCAGAAAGAGUGGUUCAGGUUGGCUAGAUAAGAGGAACCUUUCUACAUGACGACUGAACAGCACGUGCCUUGGGGAUAGGGUUUGAGAAAUCUUUCCCAGCAACAUAAACUGUAUAAAAGGGGGCGAGAAAAAGAAUGAGAGAGGGAAGAACUUCCCUCACCACUGGAGCUUGCACCUGUGCAUGCCAGGUCAGAUACCCCGCUCCAUCAACAGAUAGGGAUGGACCCUAUCUGCAGUGCCCUUGGGAUCAAGUAAGUGUGUCACCUGUGAGAGUGUAUGCACGUGUGAGUGUGUGUGGGGUGGGGUAAUGCACUAAGCGUAUAACUCCCGGGUACACUUAGUCCGUUUCUUUUCAUCAUUUAUUGCUAUUAGUCAUUAGCCUCAUUUUUGGGUUACAGCGGGCAGCCAACAGCGGUGAAAGAACAGGUUAGGGACUACUUAGAAAAGUUGGAUGUGUACAAGUCCACGGGGCCAAACUUGUACAUGUCCACAUGUGCACGUGUCCACCCUUGAGCCCAAGGGAGCGGGCUGAUGCGAUUGCAGAGCCAUUGGUCAUCACCUUUGAAACCCCAUAGUGAUCAGGAGAGGUCCCGGAUGACAGGAGAAAGGGCAAAACAUAGUGCCCAUAUUUAAGAAAGGGAAAAAAGGAGGAUUCAGGGAACUAGAGACCAGUCAGCCUCAUCUCAGUCCCUGGAAAAAUCCUGGAGCAGAUCCGCAAGGAAUCCAUUUCCAAGCACUUGGAGAAGAAGGCGAUCAGGAGCAGUCAAUAUGGAUUCACCGGGGGCAAGUCACACCUGACCAACCCGAUGGCCUCCUGUGACGAGGUGACUGGCUCCAUGGGUAUGCAGAGACGGGUAGAUGUGGUGUACCUUGAUUUUAGCAAGGCUUUUGUUAUGGUCUCACAGCAUUCUUGUGGGAUAGUCGAGCAAAGGGACACAAAUGCCAAUAGUUGCAUUAGUUUCUGCUUUGAUUUUGAAUUGAAUAAUACCGUGCUAGCCCCCUAAAGCUUCUAGUUUUGGUUUAACCAGAGAAAAAUGUGUGUGUGGGGGAGGGGGGUCUAGGUGAGCAUGUGCUACAUCUUCUGUAGCAGAAAGCUCCCUUUUCCUCUUGCCUGCAUUUGCUCUCCCCUCUUUGGAUAUGUUUCUCUUUUUCUACCUUUUCUUCCUUCCUCUCUCUUUCACUUUAAGAUAAGGA